UUAUUCGGCAUAACAGUACUUUUGCUAGGCAUUUAUUACGGUGCAGGAACAGCCGGACGCCUUUCUAAACUGGAUGCCAUCGAAUGAUACUGACUUGAUAAUUUUAACCGCAGCUUUUCGGGUGUUGUUCGUCAUGACGAUAAAAGUCCCCUACAGCCAAGCAUCUUUAGAGAACUUCAACAAUCAGACAACAAUAACAGUUGGAAGCGAUUACAUACAGCAACUGUUACAUGAUCGGGACGUUGCGCGCAAAUCUCUUCUGGACAAUUCAAAGUUGUACAACAUUGUGGAUUUUGAGGCACUAUCGGCACUGGCAACGAUCCUCGACGAGGCAGUUGCACGAAACAUAUCCCUCAUGGAUGGUCGUCGCAUAGCACGACUCUUCUACAACCGAACAUUCCAAAGCGAUUACUCGCAGUUCUACGUCGAUUCCUACGGGCGACGGUUAACACCCAUGGUGAUGAAGGAUUUCAACGCAACAACCGGCAUAUUUGAGGAUGCGAUAUUCGGCGACAUCGUCAAGGACGUUUAUCACAUCAGCGUAGACAAGGAAAUCGAUUGGGGGCCAUCUCAGUUAAUUGCACCCCCGGAUGAACCGCUUUGUGGUUUCCUCAACAAUAAAAGAACGUGCCAAAGCAGUGACAACGUGACACUUAUAGCGGUGGCGGUAAUUGUCGGCCUGGCCGUAUCGCUGCUUCUCUUCACCACUGCUGGCGUUUAUUAUGGACGGCAAGCGGCGAGGAAUAAACACUGGUGGAUUUUGGAUGCAGGCAACCUGACUUUGUACAACGAUUUCUCCACUACGAUUACUGAUUCAUCAACUAAAAGAAGCCACAGUUCGAUCGCCCAGUUUUCGGGAACCAGAGUUCAUUUGUACAAGGUCGAAUCGACAAUAAUCCUUGCUACAAUGCGCUCUGCCAAUAUAAGCUUUCUUCUCAAUAUGAUGAAGGAUCUGGCCAAUUGCUCAAGCAUCAACCGCUUUAUGGGCAUCUGCCGUUUAGACGAACAGCAGAUCGUGUUCGUCAGUACAUACUGUGAUAAACACUCGCUCCUGGUGGCGCUCACCCAGAACACAUACGUUGUGGAUUCUCUCAUGCAGGUGUCUUUCAUAUGGGAUCUGCUGCAGGGCAUUGAAGCUAUACACAGCUCCUCAAUAGCAUACCACGGAACUUUAUCCAUCACUUCGUGUUGUGUGGACAAAUAUUUCACCCUGAAAAUUUGCAAGUUAGGUUAUGACCGAUUGCUAAAGGAGAUAAAGACCGCUGAGCACAAUGCAACGAAUCGGAAAUCUCAGAAACGUCACAGUCGCUGGGAGAUUGGGACUGACGAUCACCAGCAGGCAGCACAGCGCAGUGAUAUCUUUAACGCCGGCCUAAUCCUGGCGCAGAUAUUGGGCCAGGCUUCAUGGAUUAAAGAAGCCGGCUCUAUACCUGAGAAGGUCAACGCUCCAGUAGACACUCUGGAGACCCGCUAUCCACUCCAAGAGCUGAUUCAAAACUGUCUGCAACAAGACGGUCGUCCAGGAAUAAAGACGCUUAUAAACAAUUAUUCGAAGAUCGUCGGUGCUCGUCCGAAGCAAAUGGCGGAGAUGAUUGUGCAACGAUUAUCCCGUUAUAAUGACGCCCUAGAGGCUGCUGUCCGAGAACGCAUCGUGGAUUUGCGCCGUCAGCAGCUGAUUGCCGAUGAAAUGCUCACACAGCUGAUGCCACUUUCCAUUGUGCGUCAGUUACGUGCAGGAUUGGGCGUUUCUCCCGAGUACUACGACAGUGCUUCCGUCUGCUUUACGUCCUUUGAUGGAUUCAUGGAGUUUGUUCAGCAGUCUCCGCCAGUGGCUCUGAUAGAGUUCCUCAAUGAAAUGGUUGUUGUGUUCGAGAAGACCAUUGCUCAGUACGAUGUCUACCGUGUGGAAGUCGUUGCCGAUACGCACAUGGUACUUGCAAAAGUGCGAAGAUUCACGGUAACCCUACUUCAGUUUCUCUUUAGGUUGCUAGUGGCGUACCCCACCGAAAUAACGGUCACCAUGCUGCCGAAGGUUGGCGAUACGAUUAACUGCGCCUCAAGGAUGGCGUCGUCCGGUAGAGGGACGUGCUUGCAAGUUUCCGUGGACACUCAACAACUUUAA